AUCUAUAGCCGCCGCAUUUUACUACUGCCCACCACCACCACACCACCCACCCCCUGCCUAGCUAUUAGCUAAGCUGCUCUGCUCCACCACUCGUCUUCCGCGCGCAGCAACUGUUCGCGGAAAUGCCGAGCCUGGCGCUGCUCAGGGCGGUCGCCAUGGCGCUGCUGCUGCUGCUCGCCCGCUCGAUGGAGGGGGUGGAUGGGGCGGGCGGGGGUGGGAACGCGACGUGCCCGCUCGAUCUGAGCUACGUGACGACGUUCCCGUGGGACGCCGACCUGUGCGCCGGCGGGGCGGGGAACAUGACGAGGUGCUGCAAUACGCUGCUGUCCGUGCUCGCCAUCGGCCUCGCGGAGCAGGUCCGCGCCACGGGCCACUUCCGCAUCCCGUCGGUGGGGGAGUCCGCGGCCUGCCUCAAGGACUACGGGGCGAAGCUGUCGGCGGCGCCGCUCUCCCUCCCGGGAGCGUCCCUCGUGCAGACCUGCUUCCCUUCGCCGGAGCAGUUCGUCUCCUCGCCGUCCUUCUGCGCCGGCGUCACCACCGCCGCGGAGUACAGGGCGGUCGUCGGGAACGACUCCGUGGCCGCGCUGGACUCCGCGUGCGGCGACCUCUCCUCGACGCCGCACUGCCUCCGCUGCCUCGACGCGGGCAUCGCCGCCACCUCCCGCCUCAAAGCCGCCGCCAACAUCUCCGCCAACGCCACCACCGACGGCGCCGCGACGACGCGCAACUGCUUCUACCUCACCGUCACGUACGCCGCCGGCAUCUCCAACGUCGCCGGCCCCACCAACCCACCUACCGCCGCCUGCACCCUCGGCCUCGCCCUCUCCAACCCUCCCGCCGCGCCGCCCAAAUCCCACGACACGGUCAUCUACGCCACCGCCAUCCCCGUCGCAUUCCUCCUGCUCGCCUCGCUCCUCGCGUUCUUGGUCUGGAGGAGGCAUGACAAGAAGAAGAAGAAGAAGAAGAUCCACGAGAUCUCCAAGGAGGGAUCGGCGAAGCGGCGGUCGCAUCCGCGGCCGAACACGGGCUCCAUCCUGUACGACAUUGCCGAGCUCUCCAAGGCGACGGACGCCUUCGCCGACCGCAACCUCGUCGGCCGCGGCGGGUUCGGCGCCGUCUACUGCGGCGUGCUCGCGGACGGGUCCGUGGUCGCGGUGAAGAAGAUGCUCGACCCGGACGUGGAGGGCGGCGACGAGGAGUUCACCAACGAGGUGGAGAUCAUCAGCCACCUCCGCCACCGCAACCUGGUGCCGCUCCGCGGCUGCUGCAUCGUCGACGACGACGCCGAGGAAGGGAAGCAGAAGUUCCUCGUCUACGACUUCAUGCCCAACGGCGCGCUCGAGGACUUCAUCUUCCGGGACGGCAAGCGGCCGGCGCUGACAUGGGCGCAGCGGCGGAGCAUAAUCAUGGACGUGGCGAAGGGGCUGGAGUACCUGCACUACGGCGUGAAGCCGGCGAUCUACCACAGGGACAUCAAGGCGACCAACAUCCUGCUCGACGGCGACAUGCGCGCGCGGGUGGCGGACUUCGGGCUGGCGAGGCGGAGCCGGGAGGGGCAGUCCCACCUCACGACGCGCGUCGCCGGCACGCACGGCUACCUGGCGCCGGAGUACGCGCUGUACGGGCAGCUGACGGAGAAGAGCGACGUGUACAGCUUCGGCGUGCUGGUGCUCGAGGUGCUGAGCGCGCGGCGCGUCCUGGACAUGUCGGCGCCGUCGGGCCCCGUGCUGAUCACCGACUGGGCGUGGGCGCACGUCAAGGCCGGGCAGGCGAGGGAGGUGCUCGACGGCGCGCUGUCGACUGCGGACAGCCCCCGGGGCGGCGCCAUGGAGAGGUUCGUGCUCGUCGGGAUCCUGUGCGCGCACGUCAUGGUGGCGCUCCGGCCGACCAUCACCGAGGCGGUGAAGAUGCUGGAGGGGGACAUGGACAUCCCGGAGCUGCCGGACCGGCCGCUGCCGUACGGGCACAGCGCCAUGUUCAGCGAGGCCGGGAGCAACUUCAGCGCCUCGCCGGCGUUCAGUGGCCCGUUCAUUGACAAUGGCGACAUGCUCAGGUGAUGUAGGAGGAGGUGAUCUUUUUCUUGGCGAAUUCAAGAAUCAUACAGCCUACUAGAUAAGAACAAUAGCCGAUAUGGAUGUAGUGCUCUUGCAAAUUCUGGUCAAUUGAACUCCAGAAUCAUAUGUUUCGUUAUCUCUUGAUUUGCAUUGAUUUUUUUUUCCCAUACAAUUCAUUCCAAGCGAUGAAACAGAUGGAAUUAUUAUCA